UAGCAGCUUCCUGGGCGCGCUCGCUCCCCUCUCCGCCCCGGGCCGCCCCGCCCCUCCGCCGUCGCAAUAAGGGGCACGGGCGCGCGGGAGGAGGCCAGCGGUCGCCUGCCCGCAGGUCGUCUUCUCGCGGGACGGAACUCAGAGCUGCAGCCGAGGCCCGCGCCGUCGGGGCUCCCCGGACGCCGCCGCCGGGGCGCGGUCCGAGCGUGGCGGGGCCAUGGAGCUCUGGCCGUGGCUGACCGCGGCGCUGCUGCUGCUGCUGCUGCUCGUGCAGCUGAGCCGCUCGGCCAGGUUCUACGCCAAGAUCACCCUGUACUGCGCGCUCUGCGUCUCGGCCUCCACGGUGGCCGCGGUCGUCUGCCUGCUGCGCCACCACGGCCGGACAGUGGAGAACAUGAGGAUCAUCAAAUGGUUUGUCGUGAAGUUCAAGUAUGUGUUCGGCCUUCGUUUCGAGAUCAAGGGUCUCCAGAAGCUGGAGGUGGACCACCCCUGUGUCAUCAUUUCUAACCACCAGAGCAUUCUGGACAUGAUGGGGCUGAUGGAGGCCCUGCCCGAGCGCUGCGUGCAGAUCGCCAAGCGGGAGCUGAUCUUCUUGGGGCCCGUCGGUCUGAUCAUGUACCUCGGGGGCAUCUUCUUCAUCAACCGGCAGCACUCCAGGACCGCCAUGACCGUGAUGGCUGACGUGGGCGAGCGCAUGGUCAGGGACAAUCUCAAAGUGUGGAUCUACCCUGAGGGCACGAGGAACGACAACGGGGACCUGCUGCCCUUCAAGAAGGGCGCCUUCUACCUGGCGAUCCAGACCCAGAGGCUCCAGCUCAGGCCCCUGGAGGUGGUGGUGGGAGAAGCAGCCGGUGCCUAUCAUCCCUGUAAUAUACUCCAGCUUCUCCUCCUUCUACAACCCCAAGACGAAGCUCUUCACCUCAGGAACCAUCAAGGUGGAAGUGCUGGAUGCCGUCCCCACCAGGGGCCUCACGGUGGCCGAUGUCCCCAAGCUGAUGGACACCUGCCACCAGGCCAUGAGGACCACCUUCCUCCGUGUGUCCAAGACACCCCAGGAGAAUGGGGCAACCGCAGGGCCUGGUUCCCAGCCAACCCAGUAGCUGAGGCCUGGGCUGGGGCAGGACCUGGGGACAGGACAGGCCGGGCCAGGGGCAGGGCCUGGCGGGAGACAGGAGAGAGGGAUGUCUUCCCUGCCCUGGUUGCUCAAGAUCACUGUGUCCCCUAGGGUCCCCCCGCUUUCAUUCAGGGCUCUGGAUGCAGGAGGCUGCCUCUUGUCGUUGGCCUUGGACCCAGGCCUUUGAUGUCUCCCCAAAAGGAGAGCUGGCUGGAAGCUCCCCAGGAAGCCCACGCUGGUGCCUCUUGGACGUGGGAGCAGGCCGGGGACCAGCUGGGCAGACAGGCAGGGCUGAGCUGCACGGCCUCGGGAGACGCUGCACCCUCCUGCCUGAGCCUGUGGGGCACGGGGUCAGGCUGGGUGGCCCCCACAGCCCUCUGGGAGAAACGGGACUCUGCGGGGGGUGGUUGGACCCCCGCUCUCGUGCAGCCUGGGCCUCAGGGAGAGCCAUGGAGCAGAGAUCCUGCUCCCGGGCCUUGGGAGCAAGCCACCCGGUGGGCACUGCACUCCGUCCAGGUUUUUUAAUAAACGAACUCUUGGAAA